CCCUUCUCAGAAAUUGCACACAGAUAAGAUAAGGCAAACCCAAAAGCAGUCUCCCUCCCUACUCUCUGUGUUCUUCUACAACCAUGGAAGCCACUCUCUUCAGCUUCCAUUCCUCCAAACCCCCAUCACCCUCCCUAACCCAGACCCAACCCAAACCCCUCCUGACCCGACCCGCCAUAAACCCAUUUCUCUCCCUCACUCCCCGCCCCGCCCGCCACCACCACCGCCUCCCCACAAUCCGCUCCGCCAUCUCCCGCACCAAAAAGGAACAGACCGUCGAGACCAUCAAGGAAAACCUCGAGAACUGCCACCUCAUGGCCGGAAUCCGUUACAAGGGCCUCACCGUCAAGCAAUUCCAAGACCUCCGGAAAGUCCUGCCGGAAACCACCAAGCUUAUUGUGGCGAAGAACACCCUGGUCUACAAGGCAAUCGAGGGGACGCGGUGGGAGGCGCUGAAGCCGUGCAUGACGGGGAUGAACGCCUGGCUGUUUGUCCACAGCGAGGAAAUCCCGCCGGCCAUUAAGCCCUACAGGGAUUUCCAGAAGGAGAAGAAGCUCGACAGUAACGACUUCACCGGGGCGGUUUUCGAAGGGAAGUUUUACGGGCCUGGGGACUUUAAGCAGCUAGAGACAAUGCCGACGAGGGCGGAGAUUUACGCUAAGUUGCUUGGGACGUUGAAUAGUCCGGCGUCGAGCUUGGUGGGGACGAUUCAGGCGCCGGCGAGGGAGUUGGUCAUGCUUUUGAAGGCAUAUGUGCAGAAAUUGGAGGAGGAAGGCGGCGGCGGGGGGCAAUAGUGGUGUGGUAAAAGGGGAGGAUUUUGAGCCUGUGUAAGUGUAUCUUGAAAGACCCAACUGUCGAUUUUUGGUGUUUUUCUGAUGUUGUAGCAUGUUUGCGGUUUAUAUUCGAGCUGUAGAUUUAUGUACAAUUGAAGUUUUAGCAAGCAAUGAUCUUGAAUUUUAUGGCUAUCUGUGCACAAUGUGUGCUAUUUACUUGUAUUAGGAAUGCUCAAUGCUUAGAGAAGAGUUCUUGCACUGGUGUAACUUAGAUACAACAACAAUGUUCGGAGUUGAUGUUGUCAGCGCAUGAAAUUACGGUUUUCCUUGUAUUCAAUUGCAGUGUUUUAGUAAUGUAGAUGGAAUCAUGGAAUGGCAUAGUUUAACGCA